CGAGUGUUGUUAUUUUUUGUUUAUAUAGCUUGACAAACGCUGAUAUUUUUAUGAAGUAUCACUCGACUUGUUGGUAACCCUUUGCAGAACAAGAUACUUAUCAUGUGCUCAUGUGUCUUCGUUACCUGUCCUGAACCUGGUCUGUUGGAGCAACAUGUUGGAGUGUGGCAUGCUGGAGCAGGACAGACGGGCUCUGCGGAGAGGCUCUGUCAAUCUGUGCAAAGAGCUUGUUGUGGAUGAGAUGCUCAUUCAGACCUUACAGUCAGAUGAAAUCCUGACUGAGAGCAUGGCUGAAAACAUUAUGGCAGAGCAAACACCUCAGAAACGAAGCUGGCGCUUACUACAGCUCUUACCAAAGCGAGGACCCAGGGCCUUCAGCAGCUUCUGCUCAGCUCUAAGAGAAACCGAGCAGACGCACCUGUGUGAACUGCUCACACAAUCACCUGAAAAAGAUGGAAAAGAAGUACGUGCAAAGAGUGUUCAGCAAGUGGAAGAGCCACAGGAAGGUCAUCAAGCACAGCAGACAACAGCAGAGAGGGGAGAGACUUCUUCCGUAGAUCGAGAGGCGUGGAGUGAGGUGAGCAGCACCUCAGGAGUGUCAGCAUUCAGAAGGUUGAUCCCGGUCAGGGAAGAAGACAGGGAGGGGGCGAAGCAGCAGACAAAGAAAAGAGGAAGAUGUGAUAAGCACACAGAUAGGUUUGUGGACUCUCCUCUCCCCGUUUCAACCCAAGAAGGAAUUACUGCCAAGAGAGUAAGGACACAGGAGUCCAUGGAGUUCAGUCUGGAUGCAGACAGUCCCAUCAACACUCCUGUGCUCCCAUGCACGCCUGACUUUUACCUCUCUCAUUGCCUGAAGUCCUACAGAAUGAAGUCAUCCCCUCGGGGUUUUGCGUUGGUGAUCAGUAACGUGACCUUUGACCCUUGUGCUGCACCUGACCUUGACCCUAGGAAAGGAGGCGAGGUGGACGAUGAGGUCCUUAGGAAGGUCUUCACAGAGCUGGACUACCUGGUUACAGUCCACAGAGACCUCACUGCUCAGGGCAUGAGGACGUGCAUUGAGAACUUUAGCCGACGACAGGACCAUCAGACGAUGGACAGCUGUGUGGUGUGUCUGCUCUCACAUGGAGUGGAAGGAGCCAUAUAUGGCACAGAUGGAGAGCUCAUGCAGCUGGACUGGGUGUUUGGGACCUUUGACAACGCGCACUGCCCGCUGCUACAGAACAAGCCAAAGAUGUUUUUCAUCCAGGCCUGUAGAGGAGACGAGAUGGACUGUGGAGUGGAGCAGAUAGACGGACCAGUGAGGACCUGCUCUCCAAGCUGUGAACAGCAUGACGCUGGGAGGGAAGGACAGGGGGACUCCAGACAGAGAGGGGACAUCGGCAGAAACAGGAUUAAACUGCCCCAGCGCUCAGACAUGAUCUGUGGCUACGCAUCUCUCAAAGGUCAGAGAAUUUGCACGGCAGCCAUGAGGAACACUAAGAGAGGAUCCUGGUUCAUUCAGGAAAUAAACUCAGCUCUCCGCCUGCAUGCCAGAGACACACAUGUUGCAGACAUGCUAGUGCAGGUGAACGGCCGCAUCAAGGAGCGGGAGGGAUAUGCUCCUGGCACCGCCCACCACCGCUGCAAAGAGAUGUCAGAGUUCACCAGCUCAUUGUGCAAAGACCUCUACCUUUUCCCCAAGUACCAGCCCCAGUAUUGAUACACCAAUAUGCACUGUUACAGACUAACACACAGACCAUUCCUAUACAUCAAAGCCUUACUUUAAGGACAGGAAACUGAUAAUUCCACGCCAAACACUGCCAGAUGCUAGUGCAUUCCUCUGUUAUAGCUAUGUCCAAAUUAAGGGUUUAUUCAUUCAUAUUUUCUAUGUAAAUACAGCCUCAUCAAACCCACAGACAUGCCACACACACACCUCCAUUAACUCAUGCAAAAUGUCAAGCUUAUGUUAAUGUAUACGGGAAAUGGGUAACGUAUUACUACUUUUUUGUAUCCAUGUGUCUGUCAAUGCCAGUUUAAGGGUUUAAAUGUAAAUCCUAUUAAAUCAAGACUAUUUUUGUUUUCCUACUGCACAGCUGUUUUUAAGGCUUGAAGCUCUUUUAGAAAUGUAUUUUUUACACAGAUCUAUUUUUAUGUCUUUGUUUUGUAUGAAUUGUUCUACAAGCAUUUUAAGCCCAUUCCCUUCGUUUGUAUAUAAUGCUCAUUGUAUGAUAUGACCACUUCUUUGUUGUUGAACGUAGUCGCAGGCAGGGGGCAGCAGAGCAGAGACAAAUGCAUUUCAUCAUCUCUCAUCAUCGAUAUUCCUAAUAACUCCUGCAGUUAGAAAUUAUCUUUGCCGUCAUGAUUGCAGGCAGCUUUCAUUUCAGUUAUCACCAACCACAGUGCUGAUUAAAUUGCAGCAGAUUUUUUUUUUACUUGUUCUUAUUUGAAAAGUUGUUCUUAUUUGACUCAAAGAGGAGAAACCGCUACAGAGCAGCUUUAAAAAGAAGACCUUGAAUUUUCUCAGUCAUUGUGUUUUUUAACUCUUCUUUUGAAUGUUCAGUCAGGACUGUGGAGUUACAGAUCUCUCUUAACAUCUCACGUAUCUGCUGUGUCACUGUAGAUGCGUCUGUCCCGUGGUGGGCUGCCAGGGGAAUGUGGUGCUACUUGUGGGGUCAUAUACCUUUUAGUAUGACCUCUGACCUUUACACUAACUCUGACUCCGAGUAGUGUCACUCCCUACGUGGGAGGUGCAUAUUUAGUGACUCUCCCUACAGUUUGCUUUGUGACAUUUCACUGUAUGUGGUACAGUAAGGAUAAAACAUGUAUUUCACGUCUUCCAAUGCUAAUAUGCAGUUUUCUACAGCAGCCUGUGCCACGUGAGGAUGAUCUAUUAGAUGAAUUUAAGACCAUGGAGUUUUCACAGUAGGCUAUAUUGUAUCACUUUGGUACCCCCCACACCCCACCCAACAAACUGAGAAAUCAAUUUAUCAAGGCUGUGUGAGCAUUGAUGUUUCCCAGAAAAGCCCUGAGCAGGCAAAGUGUGUUUGGUUACAACAGUGUUGUAGUGAGGAAAACAGAAUACAUGGUCGAAACAGUAUUGAUCCUUUACCAUGUGUAAACAAAGAUGCCUUUAAGUGAGUGUGAGGCGCUUGUGGAAGAGUUAACCCUUAUCUGAAAGGUGCUCACUCCUCUUAUCCUUUAGUUUUUUUGUGAUCAGGAAAUAUAAAUUAAAAAAGAAAAACAUUGGAGUGGUAUGAAAGGGGAACUCUGCUUCAGGCGGAGAAGUCUUGAAGGUUGAUAUUUGCUGCCAAGCUCUGCUGAGUUUCAGUGUUGGGGGGGCCAGAGAGAUUUCAUUUCUGUCAAUGCAAAUGCUGCCAAAUGUUCUCUACAAUAAACCGGCCUUGAUUUUUAAACUA